UGGGGUCCUCACGUAUACUCUGGCGCAAAAAUGGCGCAGGAGGUGGCAGCGUAUUAGAAUUGGAAGUUGUGAACGUUUUCCGGUUUGUUAAAUUUAUCAUACUUGAUUGUAUACUUAUUUUAGGUUACUAUUAAUUUUUAUAACACAUACCUGAGGAAUCUGACAAGCUCUGCGUUCCCGAGACUCUUAAGUAGAUGCGCCAUGAGUGGGUUUAAUUUCGGCCAAAGCUCCGCCACCACAGGGGGGUUCACCUUCGGGACCCCAAAGACAUCUGCAGGGGCCGCCCCGGCAACUGGGUUUGGCCUGACCACCAGCACCCCGGCAGCGGGAGGGGUGGGGGGCUUCAGUUUCGGGACCCCCGCCCAGUCCCAGGCCCCGGGGUCCAACCCCCAGUCCUCGGGCCUCUUCUCGCUGUCCACGCAGGGCGGCGCCAGCACCCAGGGGGGCUUCAGCUUCAGCACCCCGGCACAAAGUGGCGCCGGCCCGGGUGGCUUCUCCUUUGGAAACUCCACUGCGAAGCUCGGCCUCAACCUGUCAGCCACCUCUCAGCCCGCAUCCUCUGGAGGGCUGAUCCUUGGGGGCAGCACAGCCCAGUCUGUCCAGUCUGUCCAGUCUGUCCAGUCUGUCCAGUCUGUCCAGUCUGCCCAGCCUGUCCAGCCUGUCCAGCCUGCCCAGUCUUCGGGGUCGGGGUUCUCACUUGGCGGGGUCCUGACCACACAGACCACCGCGGCGGCGCCCUCUACUGGAGGGUUUAGCUUCAGCGGGGGACUGGGGAUUGCACCCACACAAGCUCAGGCCCAGCCCGCAGCGAUGGGGGGUUUCACUUUGGGGGCGCCUGCAAGCUCCCAGCCUGGAGGGGGAUUCACUUUUGGGGCGCCAAAGGUCCCAGCCACCACCACAACAGCAGCCGCAGCCCCUGCUGCUAGCACUGGGGGGGGAUUCUCAUUUGGUAGCAGUAAUACCACAGCAACCAGCCAGCCAGCUAGCAGCCUUUCCCUAGGGGGUCAGUCUACAGGUCUGACUCUGGGAUCUGUCGCCCCGGCCUCCACAGUCACAGGGGCUGUCGGCCAGGGAUCAGGCUUCUCAUUCGGAGCAAAACCUGCAGCAGCCGCAGCUACUACAGCGUCAGCCACCCAGGCUUCCACGAUAGUUGGUUCCUCCCUCUUCGCCGCCCCCACCGCAGCGUCCUCCGUCCCCACAGGCUUCAUCCUGGGGGCAGCAGCAGCCACACCUGCAGCAACCUCAACAGUCGGAGGACUGGGGUUCACGCUGAAACCCCUGGGGAAUAUAUCUGCCAUCAGCACAGCCACUACGGCUGGGACGACCUCCGGCUCGGCCACGGGAUUCUCUCUGAGCCUGAAGCCCACCGGAACAGCUGCUGCCAGCACGGUGGCCCCUCUCACUGCUGCGACAAUCACUGCCACCCCUGCCUCCACUGCCAGCGCCCCCCCGGUGAUGACGUACGCCCAGCUGGAGUCCCUCAUUAACAAGUGGAGCCUGGAGCUGGAGGACCAGGAGAGGCACUUCCUGCAGCAGGCCACACAAGUCAAUGCCUGGGACCGCAUGCUCAUUGAGAACGGAGAGAAGAUCACGUCCCUGCACAGGGAGGUGGAGAAAGUGAAGCUGGACCAGAGGAGGCUGGACCAGGAACUGGAUUUCAUCCUCUCCCAGCAGAAAGAGCUGGAGGACCUGCUGUCCCCACUGGAGGAGUCCGUGAAGGAGCAGAGCGGCACCAUCUACAUGCAGAAUGCAGAUGAGGAGCGCGAAAGGACGUACAAGCUGGCCGAGAACGUGGAUGCCCAGCUGAAGAGGAUGUCGCAGGAUCUGAAGGAGAUCAUCGAGCACCUCAACACUUCCAGCGGCCCGGCCGACACCAGCGACCCGGUACGCCAGGGGUUCAAUCUCCAGCAAAUCUGCAAAAUUCUGAAUGCACACAUGGAUUCUCUUCAGUGGAUCGACCAAAAUUCUGUCCUGUUGCAGAGGAGAGUGGAAGAAGUGUCCAAGCUGUGUGAUAAUCGCCGCAAGGAACAGGAAAAGAGCUUUAGGAUUACGUUUGAAUAGGCAGAGAACUUGACUGAUUACGAUCUGUAUGUACAUGCAGAUGUACAGCUGUUUCCCAUAAAGCCCUAGAAUGUGUACUCUGAGGGAUGAAAAAGUGGGGCUAGAGGGGUCUCUUUUGUUACAAUAAAGUAGUGAUUUUGCCAGGCUGA